AUGAGGUUCAGGAAGUUCAUACUCCAGAUGUUCCCUGUCCUGAACUGGCUGUUUUCAUAUCAGUUCAGAAAACGAAUCUUGAGUCAUCUACAUGCAGGCCUAAGUGUCAGGAUGUUUCUGAUUCCUCAAGAAAUGGACUUUUGCUUUCCAGGGCUUUUAGGAUUUUGGCUGACCAGGUUACCUUUGCCAAACAUCAAUGACUUCCUUUCUGCUUUCUGCUGCUCAGUGACAUAUUUGGGAUGUCACAUCAUAUCUCAGUUCAUUCAGCAUCUUAAUGUGGUGAUGACAAAUGUUCCAACGUUGUCCUCUAAUGCUUCACUGGACAACUUCUCUACAUUUAUGAAAGAUUACAUGGAGGCCUUGAUCUCAGCAAUAACGUUUUUGACUGGAAUCAUUCAGUUGCCGCUGGGCUGCUUUGGCCUGGGGUUUGUAACAACAUACAUGCCAAAGAUUCUCGCUAAUGCCUACCUCACUGCAGCAGCAGCAUUGCAUGUCACUGUAUCACAGUUUAUCUUUGACGUUGUGCUUGAUUUACAGAAGAUGGUGGUGCUGGGACAGAUUCCAAACAUGAAUAUUUAUAGAAGUUUAUCCCUCCACAGAGCUGCAAGGGAGAUAGAAAGUACCAGAAUCUUCCAGUGCAGUUCUUCAAUCUCUUUUGGAGAUAAAACCCCUAAUGAAAAUCCCUUUCUUUUUCAGAUGGACAUGAAAGCAAUGCCUCUAGAUGAAAGUGAAAUGAGGGCUUUAAUUUCUUUGUCUGACACUGCAGAGGAAAGGAACGAUCUUAAAUGCUCUUGUGUCUGUGAUCCACCUCUACUACCAUCUAGGUUCAGCUUUAAAAGUAUAUUUAUCUACUGUGUCACCAAAGAAAGACUCUAUCUAUCUCCUCAUGAUGCUAUGCUGUCUGCUUUGGACCAGCAUCAGAAGCCACAUGAGCUAGAACCUAUUGCAAAAGCAUUUGUGGAACAAUCAGUAGCUGAAGAGCAGAAGGAAAGAAGUUUGCUCUUGAAGAAGAAGAAAGAUGAUUUUUUUUUUCUCUGCAAAGACUUCUGACAAAGAGCUUCUGUGUGAAGAGCCAAUAUCAGCUGUCCCACAGUCAGUCCAGAAGAAAGCAGAGCUCCAGCACUAUGAUAGUGCACCCCAUCAGUCAGAUUUCCAGGAUCCAGGCUAGGGCAAGAGGUGGAAGUAUACCAGCAAUCACAGUGUUGGGGAACUGGAAAUUCAGUAGAGAGGAGAAAGGUACAGUUAAGCAACAGCCUUCAAUCUUCUUUUUAUUUUUUCUGAUCCAGAAUUCUCAAAAUAGACAGUCUGCCUAAUGCCUCCAGUAAUGCUGUUGUUCUAAACAUAAAGCAACAUUUAUGUUACUGCUUUCAAGCAUUUUCAAAUGAAUAUGCUACCCAGCACUGCCAAAAGCAGAGAAACUCCAGUAUACAAUUCCUAGUUUUGUAGCUAAUCUAGCAAAUUAUCUGAACUUCUUUCCUGAAAUUCUGUAGGUGUUUUAAUGACUUAACUCAGCACUUUUGAUGUAUUUGUUGCUUGCUAGUAAGUAAAAUCAAACUGCCAUAUUUCAACAGAUUACAUUCAGGCACUUCCAUCAUUUUGGGAUUUAUUUAGAAUGAUGUGAAGCUUCAAAGAAAACAUCAUUACUCUUCAGUACUUUGCUGAAGUUGGUACUCUCUGCACUAACAUGACAUGGUGUCCAUCCAUUAUUUCUCCCUUAGUUUCUUUCUAAUCCACCAGAACUAAAUCCCAGUAAACAGUAUGAUUUUU